UACUAUGACAUGUGUGCAUGUGUCCCUCAUUCUUCCUUAUCUCUUUACCAGUCAUUCCAUUUUCCUCUGCAUUCUCUCUUUCUCCUGACCCUCUUGCCCCCAUGUUCAGCGGGAGGAGGAUGGAAUAAGAUGCCCGCCUCCCAGAGGAGCACAUUUCCAGAAGGGGGGGGAAUUUCAGACGUUAGAAGUUUGGACUUGACGACCGGCCCCAUCACCUCCCAAAAGGAAACGCGGGGUCCGGGAAGCGGCGACUGCGGAGGGGAGGAUGAGGGGCGGAAGGGCCCGGCCGGGGACAGGGCGGGGUGUCUCAACGGAAGGGCGGGGUCUGCAGACUCCCCCCGCGGGCGGAAGACGCGGCCUCCCCGAACUGGCGCAGCGGCGCGCCCGGCAGGGGCGGACGAGAGCGAGGCUUGGAGGACGCGACAGACCGACCGCACCUCGCAGGCUUCCUGUUCACUUAACAUGAGUCUGCAGAAGUCAAUCCUGAAAGAUACAAAUAUGCUGCUGGAUGCGGAGAAUGUACACAACCUAUUCCUGGCCCACAACCACACACACAAGACACACACAAGACGUCUGCCCUGUGGACAGACAGUCCCCUGCCGCCCGCUGCACCACGGGGGAUGCAGGGACAAUAAACUCCUACAGGACGACAAACUAAGGCAGUCAACCCAGGACUCAGUUCCAGAGACGUUCACAGAGACAACAGCUGGCUUGCAUGGCAUGGAGGACAAAGGCCAGUGAUAAGUUAAGUCACCAACAAUUGCUUUAAAAAGCACAAUACGUUUGUAAAAGUAGAUAUUAAUUAUGUAGUUCUUCCUUCAACUUCUUGUCUACUUCACAGGAGAUGAAAUAACCUCAAAUACCUUUUGAAUAAACAUUGUUGAUAUAAUAUGCUUCUUCAAUAAUUCCUAAAUAUACUCCAAUUUCAAAUUCACCUUAUAUGAAUUCAGGAAAUUACUAGAAAAUGUUUACUGUGAAGAUUGUAAUCAAUUUUAGGCUUUCUCUUUGUUUCCCCUUUCUGAACGUUCUGUCAGGUGUGGGUAACAAAGCCUACAAAUUAGACAGACUUCAGAAGACAUUUGAAUUUAUUUUCUCCUAAAGAAUAAUUAAUGUUGCACUUUGGCCUAUGGCAGAACGUUGUGGUCCAUCACCAGUCAUUCUACUCAUGCAUCAGCUCCAUGCCCUUUAGUUGAGGAGGAUUUAAAAACAGUAGGCCAGCAUCCUUCAUAGUGUUUCCUUUUCAAGGUUUUCCCAGUGAUUCUCAUUUGUUUAUGCUACUGCAUGUUGGGGGCUGAUUCUGGAGUUAUGCCUUAUGCUAAUCAUUCACUACAGCCUGUAAUGUGCGUGUGCUGCCUGACACAGCGGUAGUCGGCAUUUUCUUCAGACGCAGUUGCUGCCUUGUGACUUGAUAAGAGGCCUGAGUUGUUCCACAUAAGCAAAUGCUCCCAACUCCCACACGGACGGCCCCUGUGGUUGGAGUCUGGAGGCCAUGAGAACAAGAACAAGAACUCUCCUAAGAACUGGCCCCCAAUUGAUGAUUGGUAGUCAAUGAUGGGUAAGACUCCCCAUGGAGGGGGGCUACCUAAGACAGCACAACCGUGGGGGCCAGGGAGGA